CCCACGUGUGUGAUCAUCCUGGGAAUGGCAGGCAGUGGCAAAUCUUCACUCUGCUCCAAACUUGUCGGUUAUUUGCAUGGCAAAAACACACCUCCCUAUGUCAUCAACUGUGACCCUGCCUGCAUGAACACUGACUACUUGUGUAAUGUUGACAUUCGAGACACUGUCCACUACAAAAAUGUAAUGCAAAAGUACGGUCUUGGUCCGAAUGGCUCAAUUAUUACGUCGCUGAACUUGUUUGUCACCAACUUUGAUCAAGUUCUUACCUUGAUUGAUAAGCGGAAGGACAAGCACAAAUACGUUCUUUUUGACACUCCAGGCCAAGUCGAAGUAUUCACUUGGUCAGCUUCGGGCACCAUUAUCACCGAAGCAUUAGCCCAAAAGUUUCCAACUGUUAUUCUGUUUGUCAUCGAUACAGUUCGCAGCCAAAACCCAACUACCUUCAUGUCCAACAUGCUCUAUGCUUGCUCGAUUGUGUACAAGUACAAGAUUCCAAUGAUUGUGGCGCUCAACAAAAGCGAUGUCAUUGAUCCCACCUUUGCCAUUGAGUGGAUGCAGGACUCGGAAGUUUUUGAAGCGGCCAUCAACAAAGACCCGACCUACAUGGCUUGCCUCAACCAGUCGCUUACUAGUGCAUUGGAUAUAUUUUACCAAGACUUGCCCGUCGUAAGUAUUUCUUCAAAAACGGGCAAUGGUUUCGACAAAUUGAUUGAGGCCAUUCAUACGGCCGCAAAAGACUAUGAGGAGAACUAUAGGCCUGAAGUGGAGAGGAUUAAUCGCCAAGCACAAGAAGGCAACUUAAAUAAGAAAAUUAACAAUUUAACAUUAAAUGAAGAUAGUAUUCCUGAACUUGAUGAAAGUCUAGCAAAUUCAAACAUGGACGACGAUCUCAUAACUUUUGGACCAAAAAAGAGCACAGAUCUGUAA